AUGGCGACCCUCACCAAAGCCCUCACAGAAGGCUGGCUCUAUAAUGUCAAGAAGGCCGCCCAAUCCACCACAACUGAGUCGCCAAAUUACUGGUCUUCUGAUGCCUCAAAUCUAAUCACCACCUCCCGACCACUCUCCUUCAACCUCGGCACGGGUGCUGAGAUCCUCACCAGCACUCUCCAAAAAUGCGAGUCCACAAGCCAUGAGCUCAUCAUUGUAACCUGUUUCUGGGCGAAAUCCAUCUCCCAAGAACAAAUCUCUUCUCUCCUCUUAAAACUCUCAAGCAAAGGCCUAUCCCAGAAUCGCAAGAUCAAUGUCCGAUUAUGCUUCUCCUCGCGAUCUAUCGCCCAGAAACUUUUCCAAACAUCCUCGCUAAAUGGGAAAGUCUACUCAGCGUCAACAUGGGCUGAUAUAGGACUGCCCGCACCUGAAGAUCUCACGGGGCUAGAUAUGGAUGUGAAGAGUGUGUUUGUACGACCGUUUAGCGUCAUGCAUCCUAAAUUCAUUCUCGUGGAUCGCAAGCUCGCAUUCAUGCCAUCAUGUAAUGUGAGCUGGGAGAAUUGGUUUGAGGGGUGUAUUGAGAUGAGAGGUGGUAUUGCGGCGAAGCUUUUUGAUUUCUGGGUCGCAUUUUGGGCGCAAGGAAAGACGAGCUUGCCUGCUUCUCUACCUCAAGACAACGAGUCUGAGGAGACAAAUGCCCAAUUACCAGGAUUGGUAACAAAUGCAAAUUCAGCAACACCUCAAACCGCAACAGCAGCUCCAACAACCUCACUAAUCACCCAAAGAGCCUUCCCACCAACAUUACUCCCUCCCCAAACCAUCCUUCUCCCUUCCCCCCACCACUUGAACCCCCGCUUUCUCAUCGUCUCCACACCACCAUCUCCACCAACUCCUCUCAACCUCUUCCUAUUACAAGCCUUCUCCCUUGCAACUUCCACCAUCUAUAUCCAAACCCCCAACAUUACCUGUUUCCCGGUUAUCGCUGCUCUACGCUCCGCCCUCAACCGCGGCGUCGACGUGCAUCUCGUGACGAGCAGCCGAUUGAUGAUAUUGGAGCAACUAGUUACCGCUGGUACGGUUACGGAGUUUGAGAUGUGGAAAUUGAGGAGGUGGUAUAGAAAGGUCUGUGGGAAACGUACGAAGCGAGGUCUAGAUGAGAAUGUGGACAUUGAGAGGGGUGAGGGCAGGAUGGGAGGGCUAAAGAUUGGGUAUUAUCACCCCAGUGAUGGCGUGCAGAGGGACGAGGAGCCGGUAAAGAGUCACCUGAAAUUAGUCAUUGUUGAUGAAGAGGUGACGGUGCUGGGGAGUGGGAAUAUGGACCGUGCGAGUUGGUAUACUAGUCAAGAGCUCGGCAUUGCGUACUUUUCGAAGGACGUGGCAAGUGAAAUCAGAAAGGACGUAGAUGCAGGCUUAGAAAGAAGGGUCGAAUAUGUCUGCUGA